GUUUCUCUCUGUUGCCUCAUUUUGCGCAGAAAUCCAUCACCAAGGCAAGAGGAUCUAGUAAAAAUCCACCCUACGGUUCUUACUGUUCGCAAUUCAGGAGCCAAUGCCCGAAUUCCUACAUCGGCUAUGCCACCGCCAAGAGGCGAUUCCUUUCAAAUCAAUAAACAACAGGAUCUCUCCCCUACUUCUCCUCCUGAGUAUGCUAUUUUGUAUUUUGUUUAA